AUGGACAAUAAAGGCUCUUGGUAUUUUAGCUCAUCUCUUUACUUUCAUCAACACUUAUAUCCAUACUCUUCCCUUUACUUUCAGCUCACAACUAUUGACAAGAAACCAAGAUUUUCAGUCAGUAAUUCUGUAGAUGCCACACCACACACGAUUCUGGUUGCGCUUAUUGUGCUCUGUAGUCGUAGUACAAUUAACUUUAGUAUAGACAAUAAGAGGCUUACCAGAGUCGAACCCCUUCAGAACAUCAAACUUGACAUUGCACCAAGAUUGGACCAUUUUUAUCAAAAACGUCAACUUACACGAAAUCAGGCACAUGAGCCAACCGCACGAUCAGUCGAGCAUGACGAUACAUUACGCCUUACGAUCGAGGCAUACAAUCAGACAUUCCACCUCCAUCUCGAACCCAAUACAGAUCUCUUUCACCCCAAUGCCGUGACAGUUAAUGAGCAUGGUGUUACUGAACCAUUAAUACCAGAAUCAUUUCGCGUAUACCGUGGCUAUGCCAUUGAGACCUAUUACUCUGACAAUCGCUGGAAGGCAGACCAAGCAGGUAUCAAACGUGAUGAUUUUACUGCUCAGUAUGAUGUAGGCGUUCUUGGUUGGGCUCGCGUAAUUGUUCGACACGAUAUAAAGCACUCGCUCGAUUAUCCAAUAGUCGAAGGUAGCUUUCGUGCCUAUGGAGACUUGUAUCAUAUCAAGGCCACUUCAAACUACAAGCUUGCCAAGCGUUUGGAUGAUGCGGAGUUGUCAACGGCGUUCACUUGCCAAGUCUUCUUGCGGAUUUGAUCAUCUAGACCACAACCAAUAUCUAAACCAGCAAU